GUGCAAUAUUUAAAUUCUAUUAACAAAGUAGUUUUGCAUUUUAGUAUUAUAUUUUAUUUUAGAUCAUUCAAUCUAUUUAAAUUUUCUGGAUCUGAGCAUUGUACCAUCAACAAUGGAUAAACUUGAUGCAGAGGAAAAGAUGAAAAUAGCAGCAUUGCAUAAAGAGAAAAGGUAUGCUGUAUGUAACUUUGCAUUUAAAUCUAUAAAAUAUUGUGUUCAGGAGGCAGGAAUAUCUAUUUUCUUGAGGUUUCGGUUGUUGUUUUAUAUGUAAUGAUGUCUGCUAAUAGCUGCAGCUAUAGAAAUUAUAUACAUAAGUAAAACCAUUCAAUAUGCAUGUUACCUGUAUAUGAAUUACAGCCUUCCAUUUAUGCAGGUGAAUAGCUUGGGGCAUAACGAAGCCAAGUGUUAACAUUAUAUAUUGGUACAUGGUUAGGUCACCAGUGUAAAAUCAUGUUUUAAAAUGAUGUAAUUAACACUGCAUAGCAUAGUUGGUACAUUUAAAUAGAUAAUGAGACUUCCUCAUAAUGAGACUUCCUCAUUUCUUAAACAGAAAAUCAGUGUUUUUAGAAGAUGAAGUUUCACAUGUUUUAUGUGUGAGAGUUAUAAGUGUAAUCGAUUAUAUAAAACUAAAUGAAGUAAAUGUGACCUACACUAUCUUAAAUUUACAGCUGUGUAAAGCCCAGUUUUUAGUGAAUAGUUUCUCUACAAAUUACUGUAAGGAUCUUAAGUUAACUCCUAAAAUUUUUGUAGUGCACUGCCAAUUUAUUUUCUUUUUCAAUCCUAGAGAUCCUGUAGCUGGUAUUGGAUGGAUGUACAAAGAUAACAAACCGGACAGCGAGGAAUACUUACUGGGAAAGCGUAUUGACAAACAUGUAGAGGGAGAACAGGACAAGAAGGAAGGUGCAAAGUGGAUUUAUAUUGUUAUGACUAUCUUGCAUUUUCUUUUAAACAUUGAGUUUUAAAAAUAACACUGAAUCAUGCAACUAAAUGACUCGGCAGCAACAUGUGGCUAAAAUUCACUGAAUAAUAAAAACAUUAUUCAAUUUAAACCCAUCCCUUUCUUAUUCUGUGAUAAAAAAUAACAAGUGUGCCUCCAAAAUUAUGCUUUGUAUAAAUUUACCACUAGGCAUACUUUUGGAACUUUUAUUUAAUAGUUAAAUGUUCAUUAUUUUGAAUUUCUUUAAACGAUUGAUUUAUUUAUUAUAUUGAACAGAUGAAGCUAGUGUCAUAUUUGGGGAAAGAAUCAAAGCAAACAUUGCCUUGGAUGUUGCAGCUAAAAUGAGAGAGGAUCCCCUGUUUGCUAUACGGUUACUGAAUUUUCGACCACUAUUUGUUUAAUGUGUUCAACCCAAUUUAAGUUUUAUUUGAAUGGAUUUUUUUUUAUAAUAUGAAUAACUAUUAAACAAUAGAUACAAGUUUACCUAAUAGUUUGUUAUAGCAUUAUUAUUUUAGCUAAUUUUAUAUUCAAGAACGGUGUGCAGUUAAUUUUAAAAUCAAUUUGAGUUUAAUGCAAAAUUUUCUGUUUGCUACAGACGAAGAGAGGAAGAAUCAAGAAAAAAGCUAUUGGAAAAUCCAAUAAAAAUGAAGGAGCUUCAAAAAUUGGUAAUGUUUUAUUUUUGACAUCUUUAAGGAAAAUAUUGUUUAAUUUAAAAAAUAUAGCAAUUAAUUUUUUUUUUCUUGAUAGAAUUAAUGGUGGGCUGGGUUUUUUGCCUUAAAUUUUAAUUAGUAACAUUUUAGAUUGAUAAAAUAAUACAAAUCUGGACAUAUUUCAAAAUUUAGAAUUGUGUUUUGCAAUAAAAUUGAUAUUCAAAGAUGAAUCAGCAGAUUAAUUACUAAAAAUAAUACUAUUUUGUUUGGUAACUAUAAAAAAAAAAAAUUACUUACCGGUACUAAAUGUAGAAGCUUGUUUUCAGAUAGAUGAACAACAGAAACAAAAGACAAAGAAAGAGAAAAAGUCAAAGAAGAAGAAAAAGAAGCACAAAUCGAAGAAAGCUUCAAGCAGUGAUGACAGUGAUGAAGACGACGAGCUCAUGAAAAAAUAUCUUUCCAUCCUGACCACUAAACAAGAGGAAGAAGGGAAAAAUAAAGAAAAAAACCCAGCAGAUAUGAGUUGGAGAGGGGAUGACAGUGAUGAAAACAGUGAGGAAGAAGGCAGCAGGCGCAAGCAAAAUAAUAGUAAAACUAAUUCUCAUACAAAUCAGAUGCACUCAACACGACCGGGGUACAAACAAGGCAAGGAGACAUUGAGGAAAGAAAAAAAUGAAAGACGCAGAUCUACCUCACGGGAUCGAUUUAAUCGGCAUAAGAGUAGACAACAAUCAACAAGUAGUAAAAACAAAUCUAGUGCUGAGACAAGAAGAUUUGAUAGGAAAAAUAGUCAAGACUUUAGCAGUGACAAAGACAGAAAUUCUAAUAAUAGAAAAAGUAAGAGAGACUCAAGUAGUGAGAAAGAAAAAGUUGAUGGUGAUAGGAAAAAUAGAAAAGAUUUCAGAAAUGACAAAGAUAGAAAUAGCAAUAAUAGGAAAAGCAGAAGAGAUUCCAGUAGUGAGAAAGAAAGAUUGGAUGGUGAUAUGAAAAUUAGAAAAGACUUUAGCAGGGACAAAGAUAGAAUUUCCAAUAAUAGGAAAAGCAGAAGAGAUUCCAGUACUGGUAUUGAGAAAGAAAGAUUUGAUGGUGAAAGGAACAAUAGCAAAGACUUGAGCCGUGACAAAAAUAGAGUUUCUGAUAACAGGAAAAGCAGAAGAGAUUCCAGUACCGGUAGUGAGAAAGAAAGAUUUGAUGGUGAUAGGAACAAUAGAAAAGACUUAAGCCGUGACAAAGAUAGAGUUUCUGAUUACAGGAAAAGCAGAAGAGAUUUUUCCAGUAGUGAGGACAGAGAUAGGACACGGGUAAGAGAUAAAGAAAGUUACCGUGACACAGGAACUGAGAGACGGCAGAGUUAUGACAGGUUUAAGGGGAUAAACAGAAGUGAGGACAGUGAAGAUGAAGUUAAUGCUAAAUCUAAUAACAAAGAUAGGAAUUGUUCCCACAAGGAGGUCAGAGGUAAAAAAGACCAAAUUCAAAAAAACAGUUCUAAAAAAAGGAGGCAUUCUUCAUCAGAAGAAGACACAAAAGUAAACCAGACCAGAAAAUCUGACGUCAGGAGGAGGAGGAAAGGAUCAACCAGUUCAGAUGAGGAGAUUGAGAAAGAGAGGAAGGAACCCAGAAAUAAAAUGAGGCACAGUAGCAGCUCAUCAUCCUCCUCCACUUCUGCAGAUGAACAUGUUUCAUCUCACAACACAAGUGCUACAACUGGUCGGCAAUAUGGCCUGAUUGUAAGUUUCAUUGAAUAGAACAUGUAUUAUAAAUGAAGAUACUGAUAUAGCGACAAAAAAAAAAAUUUUUUAAUAAAAUUUAGAUUCCUAAGCUAUUCAGGACACUCAGUGUUGCUUAAAAAUUUAACCUAAAAUUUAAAAAUCCGUUCUACUGUGUUUCCUUUAUACAUUGGAUAUUUCCAUUUAUUUUCUAGAUGUCGGGCUCGGCAAAACCUAGGCAGACAUCUUCAACACCCAGCACGCUCAGGUCCACUGGCAAACCCAAACCUGUACGAGUCCCAACUCUCCCAAGACGGUAAUUACAAGUGUGCUUAAAGUAAAUUUAUGCUGAGUAAAAUUUCAAAUCAAGAUGAAUAUGAGCUAAAUACUCUAGAAAUGUUUUAUGAAUAUUUUUAAAAAAUUUAAAUUCCCAAAAAUUGUUGAAUAGCUUUAACAUUCUGACAUGGUUUAAGUUUAAUCAAGUUUAAUGUUUUUAUAGUUAUGAACUAAUUUUGAAUUAAUCUUUGUCAGCUGUGAACAUGUAGAAUAUUCUAUUUGCUGCAGCUAGCUGCCUUAUGCACGGUUUAGCAAACUAAUCCUCACUGCCAAUUUUCAAACUUAGAAUGGAAUAAAAAUUCUUUUAUAAGUAUACAAAGGUAUACAGAAAGCAGCAUUUCAUUCUCACCCUGCUUGUUUGCCUCUAUUGUGACCUCAGGAAGUUAUAUUUUCACAUAUAUUAACUUAUAAUAAUAGAAGUUAUAUAGAGUGCAAAUGUCCACCACCAUCCCUUAGUAUAGAUGCGCAAGGAAAAAAAAUUACAACAACAUUCAUAUUCCUUUAUUUACAGGACAGAUUUCUAUGAUAUGACUUAGCAUCAGUUCACACGAUCAAAUUCCUUUCAAAUUUCCGUCAAAUUUUUGUUUUAACGCACUAUUUUGUGUGUGGUUCCUUUUUUUUUUUUUUAAAUGAGAAUUUGAUCAAAUAAUAAUUAGAAAGUUGUGACAAGGCUUCACACAAAAAUCGCAUCAAAUGUAUGAACGAAAUUUUUAAAGGAACUUGAUCGUGUUAACUGAGCCUUAUUCUUUCAUCUACAGGAAACUGACAGCUGAAGAGAAAGAGAAGAAACUGGCAGAAAUGAUGCAGAAUGCUGAGUGGAGAGAAGAACAGAGAGAAGGAAAUGUCAAAAGGUACAGAGAGGAGGAACAAGAAAGGGAGAGGAAAGACAUGGAGAGACAAGGUGGCAGUGGAUUCCUCAGGUUUGUGUCUGUUAAAACUGGUGGAGUUUCAGUGAAAGCAAGUUCUACCACAAUGCCUUGUUACCCCAUCCUUCUGUCAUGUGUAUACAUCAGAAGCUAUUGGACGUUUGCUUAAAGGAAAUGUUGUUUGGUCUAGGGCACCACCCUAUUCCUUGGGUUCUACUCAGUUUAGAUUAACUUCAACUUUGCUUCCAUCUGUGGAAGGCUAAAAAUUCUUCUUUUUUUUUGUGGAUGGGACAUGAACAUGCUUUACAGUUAAUUUAAUCAGAGGAUCUGUAAUAUUUACCAACCCAUGCAUACUUUGUUAUUAGUAUUAUUCUUAAGAAUUUUUUGUGUUGUUAUUUUAGCUCCAUGAUGGUGGACCAUGCCUCAACCAGCUCAGUGGAAGACAGAAUACGGCGUAACAAGUACAACAUUCAACGAACCAAAGUGGACCUAGACAAGAAUUUCACAAAGAAGUAAACCUAAUAGAAUCUAUGUAUUGACAUGAAAUAAGGAAUGUAUUGCUGUGUAAAUACCUGGUUGAUGUGUAAAUAACCUUGAUUUGCCCCAUUGCUGUAAAAUAGUAGCUAUUCCAGUUUCUUGUACAAUAGAUGUUGGAUCUAAAAAACAAAAUUCACCCCCCCCCAUAAUGCAUAGUAGAAUGAGAGUCACUAAAGUCCUUCAAAUCCACAUGAGACAGUAAACUCAGGAAGUGUUUAAAAAAAGUUGAUAUGUAAUUAACUUUGUUAAUUGAAACAUAGCAAUCUGUUUUUCUAUAACUAGCAGAAUUAUUCAAUUAAUUAUAUCUGAAGUGCUAUCAAAGUUAAAUAAUGAGUCUAUUUUUGUUAGAAAAUAUCCAUUGAUCUGUAUAAAAAAAUCAACAUUUGAUUACAUCUGACUUUUAAGCUGCAUUAAAUGUUGUGGUGUAUCUAUUUAAGGAGGAUCAAAACAUUUUAGAAUGCUUGCAUGACAAGGGGGAGAGAAUUCAUGCAUUUUUCUUGUUGAUAUUUUAUACAUAGAUGCUAACUGGCAUCAUGUGGAUAUAAAGUGUAAAGUAACAGUAACUGCCUUUUUCAAUAUAUAUUCUAAAUAUUAUUUGUUUCGCUCAAACUGUUGCAUAAAAAAUGUCAACACUCACUUAAAGAAGCCAAGCAGCUAAUUGUUAACAAGAAUUUGGACAAUUUGAAGAACCCCAGACAAAGAAUGAAAUGUUAUUUUAUACCAGACAUACAUUACUUCAUACAUCAAACCUCAUAAGUUUAUCAUUUCAUAUUUUAUGUACAGCAAAUAUUAAAAUUUAAAUUUACAG